AUCUCUUGCUCGCUCACAUCCGGGAGUCGGGACCAAGUGCAAGCUGCAAGAGUGAGCCUGCCAACAAGAUCCAGCUUGCGCCAGCAUGUUUGCUCCUAGAUCGCUGCUGUCGGCCUCUAGAGCCUCUGGCCUGAGCCUGCGCUUGCUGCAUACCACUGCAUCGGCUGCGCGCGUAAUCAAACCUGGCCAGCUGCCCGCGUUGAGCAAGAGCACCGCACUCGUACCAACCCGCGGGGACUCCUCCAGCUCUCCCGAAGCAUCGACGUCCUCAUCGUCAUCGAGGGCCUUCACGUCCUCCGCCGUUGCCAGGCAGACGCCAGUCGAGUACGCUGCGCUCGCCAAGAGGGGCACAGAGCAAGCCAGUCUCGAGCAGCCAAAGAAUGGCGUUGAAUAUGUUCUAUCCACACUGGAUAAGGUCGUCAACUGGGCCCGUCAAGGCUCCAUGUGGCCCAUGACCUUCGGCCUGGCAUGCUGCGCCGUCGAGAUGAUGCACUGCUCCACCCCGCGCUACGACCAAGAUCGAUUCGGUAUCAUUUUCCGUGCCUCCCCCAGGCAGUCUGAUGUUAUGAUCGUCGCCGGGACCUUGACCAACAAGAUGGCGCCGGCUUUGAGAAAGGUGUAUGACCAGAUGCCAGAGCCCCGAUGGGUCGUGAGCAUGGGCAGUUGUGCAAACGGCGGUGGCUACUACCACUAUUCCUACUCGGUCGUGCGUGGAUGUGACCGCAUCGUUCCCGUCGAUCUGUACGUACCCGGAUGCCCGCCAACAGCCGAGGCUCUGCUCUACGGUCUUAUGCAGUUGCAGCGGAAGAUGAAAAGGAAGCGCACCAUGACACUGUGGUACAGGAGGUGAUGGAGACACAUAUGGAGACGCACCGCAUCUCACCGUGACAGAUCAAGCUUUUGUACAUACACACUCUGACACGUGUUGGCAGGCGCUGCACCCAGAUUCCUUAACAAUUGCAAAUCUGUUGCG